UGAUUGCAGAAAUGUCACCAAAAAAUGCAAUCUUUAUAAGAAAGUAUCAUCACAGAGCAAUUGAUCAGUAUGUCUAUGGUUAUUCUGUAUGACUACAUUCAAGGAAGUAAUUUGUCCUCGAAGUUUGCAUUGUAAAAACAAGCUGCCAGUGCUCUUCAGACCGAAACUAUGACAACUAAAAAAAUAGCAGUUAUUGGAGCAGGCCCUACAGGCCUCUGUGCAGUAAAAUGUCUUUUGGAAGAAGGCAUGAAACCGGUCUGUUUUGAAAAAACAAAUCACAUUGGAGGACUCUGGAGCUAUCACGAUGAGGAUAUCGAAGGACUGGCAUCAGUAAUGAAAACCACUGUCAUCAACAGCAGUAAAGAAAUGACUGCUAUGAGCGAUUUUCCUCCUCCAGAGGAUGCACCGAAUUAUAUGCACAAUAAGCAAAUUCAUAAAUUACUUAAAAUAUAUGCAGAGACAUUUGAUGUUGAAAAAUAUGUUCACUUUCAUAAGGAAGUAGUUGAGGUGUACCUUAGCAGCAGGAGAGAAACAUGGGUUUUGCCUCGAGUGGGCCCAAAAGGUUUUCCACUGGACGUGGCUUUGACUAGCCGUUUCACGAAUAUGCUCAUGCACAUAGUUCCUUACUUUCUGUUUUGUUGGUUUUGCGAGAAAGUUUUAAAUUACAGCUUUGAUCAUGAAAUUUACAGUCUUAAACCUAAGCACAGAAUUUGGAGCCAACAUCCUACAAUCAGCGAUACACUUCCACUCAGAAUUCUUACUGGAAGAGUUUUGGUAAGAAAAAACAUUCGAGAAUUCGUUGAAAAUGGCGUCAUUUUUGAGGAUGAAGUCGACGUAACGGAAUGCGAUUCAGUAAUUCUAGCAACAGGUUACAGAAUUAAGUUCCCUUUCCUUAAUGAAAGAUUGACAACUAUAAAGAAUAACGAAGUGCACCUAUAUAAAUAUAUCUACCCACCACAUUUGAAACAUCCCACUUUAGCCAUUGUAGGCUUAAUUCAGUCUGUUGGAGGAGGGUUCCCUGUUAGUGAGGCACAGUCCCGAUGGAUAUCUUUAGUUUUCAAGGAUAAAAUGAGCUUGCCUUCAAGGGAAGAAAUGGAGUUUGACAUUAUGCGUAAAAAGAAAUUCAAUGAAAAACGAUACGUUAAAUCUGAAAGACAUACAAUUCAAGUGGACUACAUAGAUUAUUUAGAUGAAAUUUACACCAUGAUCGGAGCAAAGCCAAACUUAUUUAAGAUGUUUUUUACCGAUCCUGUAUUAUUGUUUACCUUAUUCUUUGGACCUUCAUUACCUUAUCAGUACAGGCUACAAGGACCUCACUCUUGGCCAGGCGCAAGAAAAGCUAUACUGGAAUGGAAAAAAAGAGUGGUUAAACCUCUUAAAAGGGACUACAAUUCAAAGAGAUGUUUAGCCGAGCUUAAUGUUCUUAAAUACGUUUUGAUUGUGUUCCUAGUUUGUGCUCUUCUUUACUUGGGCAUUGGACUUGUCGUAAAAACAGAAAUUUAAAUGCAUGCUUUAUAAUAAGAGUAUCUUUGGCUUAUAAAAAUAUUUUAGUUUGUAACUGGUAAAUUCACAAUGCGUAUGUUUAUAUUUGUUCCGAUUUUGUUAUUUUUCAAUUGCUUGGUUUAUCUCAAAAGUGCUUAUAUCUCUGUCUAUAUAUAUAAUAAAUUAUUUACUAAUGGA